CCACCCUUGCAGCUUUCUAUUCUACAGUUUCUGGAACAUCCUGUGCUGCUGCUUGCAGAUCCAAUGCCGCUUCAUGAACAACUCAACCUACUCUCCCUGGUAGAAGAUAUUCGCCAGGCAGCAGUAAAGGAUAGCAGUAGCGGUCGCUCGUCACAGUCGCAUUUCCAUCUUCUGCGCCUCAUCGACCAAUUGAGGCUUGCUGUCGAGACACCGACAGACACUGUUCUCCGCCUGAUCUACCAGCCACCCCAAAAUGCUGCCCUGCGCACAUUAAUCGACCUCGGAGUCUUUGAUCUCCUGGUGAGCCACAGUCCGCGCGGACUCUCAGCAUCGGAGCUAUCCGCGUACACAGGCGCCGAGCGAGAUCUGACUACCCGCCUCAUGCGCGUCGUCACAGCCCUCGGACUAUGCGAGAGCCAAGAACCCGAAAUCUACUGCCCAAACCACCGGACAGCGGCCCUAACGCUGCCAAUUGGCAGAGACGGGAUACGAUGCAUAUACGAUCUGACGAUGCCCACGCUCGCGCGAUUGCCGGAGUAUUUCCGCGCACACAACUAUGCUAUCCCGAAAGAAUACGCCGGCUCUCCGAUGCGCUGGGCCACGGGGCAGAGCCAGUUCGAGUGGCUUGCUCAGCGUCGCCACCAGCAGGUCCUCUUCAACUCGUACAUGAGUAGUCGGCGGCAGGGCAGGCCAAGCUGGUUUGAUGUGUACCCUGUAGAGAGGCUGGCUGCUGCCUCUUUGGACGAGGAAGACGUCUUGGUGGUUGAUGUCGGGGGAAACCAGGGACAUGACUUGGUUCGAUUCCGUGAGAAGCACCCGGAUAUUCCAGGCAGGCUUGUUUUGCAGGAUUUGCCAGCUGUUGUUGCGGGUCUUGAAUGCGAGGGGGUCGAGGCGAUGGGAUAUAGCUUUUUGGAUCCGCAGCCGGUAAAGGGAGCCCGAACAUACUACUUCCGGGCCAUCUUCCACGACUGGCCGGACGAGGUGUGUCUCAAGAUCCUCCGCAACACAAUCUCUGCCAUGGACCCGGCCAAAUCCCGGAUCCUGAUUGUGGACUUUGUCCUCCCUGAUACGGAGACGCCGCUACUGCAAGCCUCGCUUGAUAUCCAGAUGAUGAGUAUCGGGGCUGGUGUUGAGCGGUCUAAGCGACAGUGGACAGAGCUGCUGCGAGCCGCUGGGCUUGGAAUUUGGGGGAUCUGGAGCGCAGGGCCUGGGAUGGAGUCGGUCAUUGAAGCUGGCCUGGGAAAGUCAGAUCAGAUGUGACUUUCUGAUCCUUGGUUUGGGGAAGGGUUGGGCGGUUGAUUUGUGGCGGCUGAUAUGUCAUAUUUGAGAUUUGAGUGUUGAGAAUGAGAUACUCCUUGCUUUGGCGAUAACGGUUGGGGAGUUGAUAUGGUCGAUGGCUUGAAAUAAGAAUAUGACAUGGUAUAAAUAUUACU